CGGUUAACAACACAGUCACAUGACUACUAACCAGCUGAUGGCUUUUUUGCAAUAGAAUAUCAUGAAUAACACGACAUCGGUUACAAAGCUGUUAUUCUCCAAGUAAUAACAACGGUGCAAUACCUAUUCUUUAAUAUUUUAGGUAUUUGCGUGCUGUCUCGUUAUUUAAUCGCCGUCCAGACGUAAUUGAAGUACAUACGACCGUUUGCAGCCAAAGGACAAGAUGUCAGGAAAAGAGAGAAUCGACGUCUUCCCCUCGAGAAUGGCCCAGACCAUCAUGAAGGCCCGUCUGAAGGGGGCCCAGACUGGUAGAAACCUACUGAAGAAGAAGGCUGAUGCCCUCUCCAUGCGCUUCCGUCAAAUCCUCCGCAAGAUCAUCGAGACUAAGACAUUGAUGGGUGAAGUGAUGAGGGAGGCGGCCUUCUCUUUGGCUGAGGCGAAAUUCGCUGCUGGCGACUUCAGCACUACUGUCAUCCAGAAUGUGAACAAGGCCCAGGUGAAGGUUCGGGCUAAGAAGGAUAACGUGGCAGGUGUCACUCUACCUGUGUUUGAGCACUACCAAGAAGGAGGGGACAGUUAUGAGCUGACUGGUCUGGCCAGGGGAGGAGAGCAGCUCUCCAGGCUGAAGAGGAACUAUGCCAAAGCAGUGGAGCUGCUAGUGGAGUUGGCCUCCUUACAGACUUCCUUUGUCACGCUGGAUCAGGCCAUCAAGAUCACCAACCGCCGUGUGAACGCCAUUGAGCAUGUGAUCAUCCCCCGCAUUGAGCGGACCCUCAGCUACAUCAUCACUGAGCUGGAUGAGAGGGAACGAGAAGAGUUCUACAGGCUGAAGAAAAUCCAGGAGAAAAAGAAGCAGAUGAGGGAGAGGACGGAGAAGGAGAUUGCCGCCCGUCUGGCCAAGCUGGGCCCCAUCGCUGAGCCGUCCAACAUGCUGAUGGAGGAAACCGACCAGGACCUGCUGUUUGAGUGACAUGCCGUCACCCGUGGCUACUCCGUCACCCGUGGCUACUCCGUCACCCACAUCCUAUUUAUUCUGUGCCUCUCCGGCCACGUUGAUGUCUUCUUGUGUGCGAAAGGGAAGAAUUGUCUGUUUUUUUUGUUGUACACGUUGGUGAUGUUUUGUUGUCGUUUUCAGUAUUGGAGAUGUGUCCAGAUUUAUCACAGUGUAGAAAUAUCAGAACUUUGCAGCUAACAGCAAUCACAUCAGUUCACUAGAGUGUCAAACUUGUCGAGGAUGAGUUAUCUUUGGAAUGCUUAAGUAGCAAAUAAUAUAUGUACAUUGAGUUAAAUGACAUGGUUUACAAAUGUGAGCUGUAUUAAGCAUUCCAUCUGAUUGGGUUAGGGCAUAGAUGGCUAAUGGCAAUGCUUCCAUCAGAACAGUCAGUCAAUGCAUGCUGUCAUUCUGUACAGUUAAAACAGGGUGGUCGUUCUUUCCCCCCCUAAGUGUCUGUGUUGUGGAUGCUAAUCGCUUCCAUGGUCACCACAUAUCAGUAUUGACCAUAAAAGAAUGGCAUUCUGUUUCUGUGCAAUUUCAUUCUAUUUCUAUGGUACUGUAUUGACCCUUAUAACAGGAGGAUGGCUAACAUGUGGGUCCCGUGUGGCUCAGCUGGUAGAGCAUCACGCUUGCAACGCCAGGGUUGUGUGGUUCUCCCCCCCCCCCCACGGUGCCCCAAUAUGACAAAUGUACUGUAAGUCACUCUGGAUAAGAGUGUCUGCUAAAUGACAAUGUACUGCUGACCCCCUAUAACCAUCUGCAGUGGCACCCUGAGUGCAACCCCACUUAUGUCGGAACAAUUCAUCCAAAUAAAGAUUAUCUGAAUAUUC